AUGCCCGCCAGCCUCGACAGCCAGAGGCUGGAAGCCGUCUUCCAGUCGCGGCCAGACAUUCUACAGGGCAUUCAGAAAGCAGCUGACACUCCCGCCCGAGUCGCACUAUUCAACAACAUCGCAAGCUUCGUCCACGAGCAGAUCAACGGCCCAGAGCCCGUAUCGAAACGCAGACGCGUAGACGAGGGCCCCACGAACGGUUUCAAGGCGACGAAUACGAAUGGCACGCUUGCAAAAGCGGCGCCCAAGAGCUCCGGCACCGGCAAUGCGGCCGACGAAGAGGUGCUCCUCGAGAUCAAGGAAAUAUCCGUCUCAGUGCCGCAGCGCAAAAAGUACGACCUCUGCUUCACGGCCAAUCACCUAUACGCUCGCGCACCAAACACCACCGCCCCCGUCGAGGGCAUCACCUACGCCUGGGAAGACAUCGAAUACGCCUUCUACCUCCCCGUUCCCGAAAAGACCCAGGUGCAACACAACUACGUGCUGUUCCCCCGCGGGACAUGCCUCCCGACAAAGACGGCACCCGAGAAGGAAGCGCUGGUGUUCACGGUACCAUCCACGCCACCCAAGCAGGGCACCAUCGGCGGGCCGAGGGCGAACGCAGCAUCAACCGUCUCCGACACCUACCGCGCCCUCUUUGACUGGGCGCUGACGACACAUCUCAGCUCCGCCGGCAACCGGGCCGAAAUCGUCGCGGCGGACCCCAGCAAAUUCCACAGUCUCGUGCGCCAGCCGCAUAGACCGAACGAGAAGGCGGUGCACGUCAAGGCCUUCCGCGGGUCCAAGGACGGAUACCUUUUCUUCCUGCCCAACGGCAUCUUCUACGGCUUUAAAAAGCCCCUCGUCUUCCUGCCCAUCGACCGUAUCGUGGCCGUCAGCUACACGAGCGUCCUGCAGCGCACCUUCAACAUUGUUGUCGAGGUCUUCACCGAAGGCGACGCGACCGAGGAGAUUGAGUUUGGCAUGUUGGACCAAGAGGACUACGGCGGCAUCGACGAGUCGUACGUCAAGCGCCACGGGCUGCAGGACCGGAGCAUGGCCGAGCAGAGGAAAGCCAAGAUGGAGUUGACGGAAAACCUGAAGGCGAAGAAGGGUGCGGAUGCCGAGGCUGGUGCAAACGGCGACACCGACGCCAACGGCAUGACGGAGCUAGAGAAGGCCCAUCUCGAGGCGGAGCAGGCUCUCCAGGAAGACGAAGAUGAAGACGAAGAGGACUACGAUCCCGGCAGUGAGGGUGAGAGUGAAGGCUCGGGGUCGAGCGACGACGACGAUGACGACGACGACGACGACGAUGAUGAGGCUGAAGAGGACGACGAGAACGAGGAGAUGAACGACAAGUAG